CAGGCAGCGCCACUCGGGCUGGAGGGAAGCCGCGCUGCUCCUCGCUCCACGAUGCUCCUCGGAUCAUAAACACUGCGCUCACCUGCUCCACAGGACAGGAGGCACCACCACCACCACCACCACCACGACCACCGCAACUCUGCACUGCUGCGCUCACUGCCUCUCCGCUCAGGAGAAAGAGAGAGAGAGAGAGAGAUUAAAACACAGAAAUAGAGAGAGAGAAAGAUAGAAAGAGAGACAGAGAGAGAGAGUAAGCGAGUCACAGGCGAAGGGGAUUGUGGAAUAGACCAAAGCCUCCAGUCCUCCCUCCUCCAGUUUAAGAGGAUUGCGCUGCUCUCCUGCUAACGACGCUCUCACCGCAGACAUCCCACCGUCACGAUGUCCUCGUGUGGGAAGGAAAACAGCACUGCCCUGCACGCCAGUUACGUGGGACCGUACCGCUUGGAGAAGACCCUCGGGAAAGGGCAGACAGGUUUGGUGAAGCUCGGGGUGCACUGCGUAACAUGUCAGAAAGUCGCCAUAAAGAUAGUCAACCGGGAGAAGCUCAGCGAGUCGGUUUUAAUGAAGGUGGAGCGAGAAAUCGCUAUUCUCAAGCUAAUAGAACACCCACACGUUUUAAAGUUGCACGAUGUCUACGAAAAUAAGAAAUAUUUGUAUCUGGUUUUAGAGCACGUGUCCGGGGGAGAAUUGUUUGACUAUUUGGUGAAAAAAGGAAGGUUAACACCCAAAGAGGCGCGCAAGUUCUUCAGACAGAUCAUGUCAGCUCUGGAUUUCUGCCACAGUCACUCCAUAUGCCACAGGGACCUGAAGCCUGAGAACCUGCUGCUAGAUGAGAAGAACAAUAUUAGGAUAGCAGACUUCGGUAUGGCCUCUCUGCAGGUUGGAGACAGCCUCCUGGAGACCAGCUGUGGGUCACCUCACUACGCCUGUCCUGAGGUCAUCCGGGGGGAGAAAUAUGAUGGGAGGAAAGCAGACGUAUGGAGCUGUGGGGUCAUUCUCUUUGCUCUGUUGGUGGGGGCUCUGCCAUUUGAUGACGAUAAUUUACGGAACUUGUUAGAAAAAGUGAAGUUGGGUGUGUUCCACAUGCCACACUUCAUUCCCCCAGACUGCCAGAACCUCCUACGAGGGAUGAUAGAGGUGGAUGCCAGCAAACGACUAACGUUAGAACAGAUCCAGAAGCACACGUGGUACAUUGGAGGGAAGAAUGAGCCUGAGCCUGAGCAGCCUGUGCCCAGGAAAGUGGCCAUCAGGAGUCUGCCGUCAGCCGACGACAUCGACCCGGAUGUUCUGGAGAGCAUGCACUCGCUCGGCUGCUUCCGGGACAAGAACAAGCUGAUGAAGGACCUGCUGUCAGACGAUGACAACCAGGAGAAGAUGAUCUAUUUCCUCCUGCUGGACCGGAAGGAGAGGUACCCCAGCCAUGAAGACCAAAACCUCCCCCCGCGCAAUGAUAUAGAUCCCCCAAGGAAGCGAGUAGACUCCCCCAUGUUGAACCGGCACGGGAAGAGGAGGCCGGAGCGUAAGUCUAUGGAGGUGUUGAGUGUGACGGACGGCGGAUCACCUGUUCCAGCACGGAGAGCCAUCGACAUGACACAACACGGACAGAGUAAAACAGUGUUCAGUAAAAGCUUGGAUAUCACUGAGGCCCACCCCAGGUGCAGCAAAGAGGAAAGAUCACGCUCAAUCAGCGGGGCUUCUUCAGGCCUUUCCACAAGUCCACUAAGCAGUCCACGGCCGGGUCGGAAGUUCUUUGUACCCCCACAGACAUCUGAAUUUUCCCUAUCGCCCAACACUAGUCCCCUUGAUUCCCCAGAACAGCCCUGUGCUAACCAAAUUGAGGCUCAUACACCAACGCCCAACUCAUUGUCCCCAAAUUCAGCAUCCAUGUCGCUCCUGGGUCCGUGCCCCAAGACCCAGACUCUUCCAGCCAAGCCUAAAGUUUCCGAUAAGCCCUUACACGCCACUAGAUCUAACCCAUUACCAGACACUGAGCCCCAGCCCAUUUCUGCAGCACGCUCAGAGCCUUCCACCCCAUCCCAGCCGCAGCCGCCUCCCAUUCCCGGCAGCCCUUUGGUGCGCCGGGUCACCCCCAUUAUCACCGCCCCUCCUCAACUCUCAGUGCCCUUCACACCCAUCACGCCUCUCGCUCCAAUCCGCCUACACCACUUCCACCCUGUACCCGGCUCUGACCACAGCACCAAAUCUAUCCCCACCAUACAGGUGACCCCCCACCCCUCCCCCAGGGGCAGUCCUCUCCCCACCCCCAAAGGGACACCCGUCCACACGCCCAAGGAGAGCCCGGCGGGUACUCCAACCCCGACACCUCCUCCAAGCCCCUCCAUCGGGGGAAUGCCCUGGAGGACACGCCUCAACUCCAUCAAGAACAGCUUCCUGGGCUCGCCGCGCUUCCACCGCAGGAAACUGCAAGUUCCUACCCAAGAGGAGAUGUCCAGCCUCACACCAGAGUCUUCCCCAGAACUUGCCAAAAAGUCAUGGUUUGGUAAUUUUAUCAACCUGGAGAAAGAGGAGCAGAUCUUCGUGGUGAUCAAGGACAAGCCUCUGAGCUCCAUCAAAGCCGACAUAGUGCAAGCCUUUCUGUCGAUUCCGAGUCUCAGUCACAGUGUGAUAUCUCAGACGAGUUUUCGGGCGGAGUAUAAGUCCACAGCAGGCCCCACCGUCUUCCAGAAGCCUGUGAAGUUCCAGGUGGACAUCACCUACACAGAGAGCAGCACAGCCACCAAGGAGAACGGCAUCUACUCCGUCACCUUCACCCUGCUCUCAGGUCCAAGUCGGCGCUUCAAGCGAGUGGUGGAGACGAUCCAGACACAGUUGUUAAGCACGCACGACCAGCCCGGAGUCCAGCAGCUGGCCGGCAGCCCAUUGAGUAACUUCUUUGACGUAAUUAAACAACUUUUUUCAGACGAGAAGAACGGCCAGGUGCCCCACCCACCUGGCACGCCCAACCGACACGCGCCUAACGCCCGGCGGCACGAGCCCGACCCUAGUGACUCUAAGUGCCCAGCGGGCAAUGCCAGGGACAGUCCCCGGAUGGUGGCCUCUGUUGGAACACAGGAGCAGCCCUAGAGAAGAUUUCUGUUGUAGAUCUGUAGAUUGAGCUAUUUCCUUUUUUUUGUUUUAUUUUUUCUUUUCUUUUUUUUUCUUUUGUUCAACCUUAGUAUAAGAAUAUCUAACUGAUGUACUGUAUGAACUGUCAGCAGUGAUGUAAAUAACCGAAUAGACUUUUGUAAUGAUGGAACGACUGUAUAAAAAAAACACACAUAUGAAGAGGAGUUUUACAUAGUAGAGCAUACGCCCUCCCCCUGCUCUGUCCAUCCAUCCGCCAACCCAACCCAGCCCAGCUCAGUCUAAUCCCCCACACUUCCACCCACUCAAUCACCCACCCAUUGUCUGUCAUUUGUGGCAAAGCCGCUUUUUUUCCUGUUGUAUCCACUCUUUUUUCCUUCCUUCCUUCCUUCCUUGCUUCCUUUUUCCUCCCUCACCUGUGUAAUGACUUGUUUCUGCUGCCAGGAAUUAUCCAGAAAAGCUAUUAACGCCCCCCAUCCCGCAUCCCUGCUCCGCCUGCGCCCGCCCGCACCAACCACACUCGCCGGCAGAGGGCGCCGUUCACCGCGAGACAAUUUCCGAGGAAACUGGACCCUUCAUCCCUCCUCCUCACCUUCACCUUUCCUCUCCAGAUCAUCUGUGCUCUUGAGGAUAACACACAUACACACAUACAUACAUACAUAUACACACAAACAUACACACAGAUACACACAGUCUCCGAUCAACUCUUCUCUCCAGGCCAGACUCCACCCCUUCCUCUUCGUCCUCCUCGCCCUCCUCGACCCUUCUUCAAUCUCCUCAUCCUCCUCAUCCUCCAAGCUUCUGAACUUUAACACGCAAACACACACACACACACACACACACACACACACACACACACACACACACACACACACACACUCACGAAGAACUUAUGCGACAAGCCUUCAGCCUGCUCAACCACCUUACUUACACUACUUACAUUAGGCUACUCACAUCCACACACACACGUGCACAAUUACACAUACAUAAACACACACACACAUGGACACUCUUACGGACAUGCACAACUCUGGGAUUUACUCAAAAAGAAAAAAAAACGACAGUGGAAACGGGGAGAAAAGACCUUAAGGAUUGUCCCAAGGGGAUGGAAACUCUUCACAGAUUGUAUUGUGUCAUUUUUCGAUGUUUCUUUUCAAUGAAGAUCCUAAAGCACUGCUGCAAAUGGAUGAAAUGCUUAUUCCCAACAAAUAUGUGGGUUGGGGAUGGAAUGGGAUAUUAUAGGAUGGGAUGGGAGGAGAUGGGAAUAGGGUGGUGGGCAUUGGGGCAAUGGGGGUCGGGAAGAGUUAAUAUUCAGAGGAAUGAUGUCGGGUCCAUGGAGAUUAUAUACUUAUGAAUGAUUUGUUCUGUUGUACAGACCAAUACACUAUGUAUAACGAAAUGUCUAGAUGUAAUACUAAUGUUUAGUUAUGUUGUAGAUCCAGAUUUAAAUCGUGUGCUGUCACAUAAUUGCCAUUUUCCUUGUAUUUUAUCCAUCCUUUAUGAAACGUUUUAUUUGACCUCAUUGUUUCAGAGUAGCGGUUGUUGCUUCGUUCCGCCCGUUUUACGGUUCAUAUCUCAUGUCUUGAUGACCAGCAGUUAUAGAGCACGGAAGAGGUGUAUAAUUCAUACGUGACUAUUUUUGUAUUUUUGUUUGUUUUGUUUUGUUUUUUUUCUCUCUUUUAUUUAUUCAUAUCUGGUCCACUUCUUCUUUAUCUGUACCUUAAUCCCUAAUUUAUUUCUAUUAUCAGAUUAUGUAUAGGAGAGGAAGACGUUAGAUGAUGAACUGAAUGUUAUUUAUUUACAGCCCCGAGCGCUGGUAUGCGCCGGGGCGACGCAGAUUUGUUCAUUUGAAGAACACAAAAAAAGAAAAGAAAAGAACAAAAAAGAGAUCUUUCUUAUGUCUUGAGUUAAGAGAAUUAUGUGGACAUAUUUGAGGAUAUUUCUUUCUUUCCUAGCUUUGAAUGAGAUAAAAAAAAACAUGUAGUAUAUGUUUAAAAACGGUAAUUUAACAGUUAUUUAAGAAUGUAGUCUAGCCUCUUCGGGGAGGGAAUGAGCCUCUUCUUGAUAUUUGUCAGUUUCAUUGUGUGUGUACAAUGGAUUGAGACAAAACAAAAAAAAAAAACAGGCUCCUCUUGAAUCAGUUCUCUUGUAAAUAGACUGAUCCCACCUUCUUCAGACGUGAAGUUGAAGUGUCGGGUGGGCGGUUCCUGCUCUUUGCUUUUAACUUGUAUUAUUGCUGUGUGCAUGCCAGACAUUGGCUUUCCUUUGCAUGGCGCUAGUGUAAUUGUUAACCCCCCACCCUCCUCUCGCUACUCCUUCCCUCCGUUACGUGAGGCGUUGGGAGGGGGAGGACCCUCUCGACUCCUCUCUUUUUUCUCUGUUAUUCUAGCCGCUGUUUUUCUGUCCUUCUCUCUCUUUUCCCGUCCUUUAGUGCACUGAGUUUUGAAAUGCUUCCUCUUGUCUGUACCAUGUACCUCUCUCUCUCUCUCUCUCUCUCUCUC